AACCAGUGCAUUAAGAUUUCCUGGGGAAAUCAGUCGGUAUGUCUCACUGAUAAACGAUAAAGAAAUUGACAGACACACUCCGGUUGAGAAGGAUUCUAUUGCACUAAACUCUAUCUCAAGCUGACUGCAUAUUCCCCAUCCUUUGCCAUUACGUGGUUGCGCGGCAGAUGGCCAGUCAGACGAGUGGUAUGCAGAGCAACCAACUACCCCUGAACAGCAAUCAGGAUACACCACAUUGUCAACGCCAACUACCGGGCCGUUGGACCCCUGAUAUCGAAAAGGACCAAUACUACUACGAAUAUCCCGAUGAUCACAAUGAUGCCUUCGGCCUCCUUCGCGCUCUAUGUGGGUAUAGGGAAAACUCCAUGCUUGGCUUCGCCUGCUACAUCCUCUUCUCCAUUCUUUCUUUUUUCUCGGCUGCUUACUAUUUCUGGUCCCUAAUGCCUUACGAACCUUCACAGCACAACUCGGUAUCGAUUGUCCUGGCCACCUAAUCCAACAACUGCAUAACCCCCCCUAUCUCGACGGACCGUUUCGACUGUACGAGAUGACGGUGUCUGUUAUCCGACCGGUC